CGGUGGAAUCCCGGUGUCACUGAACUUGGUAUGCUCUCAGAAUUCCGUGUUGGACCGACAAAAAAGGGGUCGUUCCUCCGUGGAAUCCCGCAAGAAAGCUGGGAGAUUUCCCCACUUGCAACUCGUUCGGGUGGUGUGCGAGGCAUCUGGAACACCCCAUAAUGGUCGGCGAAUGGGCCUAAAUAAUCGUGCAGAAUAGGCUAUUUAAGAAAUACGAUUUUCUUUCCAAGAUAAUCUGAACAUUUAAAAAUUGGAAUGGAGUAUUAGUCUAGGUGAACAAUUGUGGAAUGGGUAGGGUCCCAAAGUUUGCAGAGAAGAAUAAAGAAAGAAUAAAGCCUAAGAAGAACAAUAGUUGAGCGCUGCAUGCAGCACUCAACUAAUCAUCAUUGUAAAUGCGUUGUCCUCAGCCUUCCCUGAACACACAUGGCCUUUCAGAUUUCUGUCUGUCUGUUGCCCCUCAGCCCUUUACUGACGUCAACAGACCAGUGCUGGACAUAUAUAAGGUCUAUGGGGUCCACCCACCGUCACUCGAGGGACUCCGGACGGGCUGCUUCACCAGGGGCCACAGAGCGGAUUACUGGGGCUUACUGUGCAAGGACGUCUGGUCACCAUGAAGCCCGUCCCGUUCAUCCUGCUCCUCGCAUCUGUCCUGCUGGCCUCCCACGGCCGCCCCUCCGCCGUCCGGACGCUCCCUGCCCGGGACGAGGCGCUCCUCAGCGCCAUCUCGGACCUCCUCGGCGACACGCUGCUGCGCCUCAUCCAGAGGACCAGUCCGGGGGUCAGUCUUUCCCUUGGGUCCGACAACGAGGAGCUCUCGAUAGCAGCGCAGAUGGACGCUACAGCCCUCUUUCACCUGGCGCGUGCUGUGGCGACCUUGGAGACAGAGCUGCGCGCGCCCGGGAUGGAGGGUGAGCCCGAGAAGAACCGUGUGGACGACCUGGGGGGGCUGUCCAAGAGGAGCGAGGAGCCGCCGAUCUCCAUCGACCUCACCUUUCACAUGCUCAGACACAUGAUCCACAUGGCGAGGGUGGAGAGGGAGAAGGAGCAGGCGGAGAUGAACCGACACUUCUUAGAUGAGGUGGGGAAGUGACAGACCCGGUGAACAUGGGGAGAAACAAGCUAUACUAUCAAUAUGUUCUUUCAAGUUAUUUUUUAUUUAUUUUGCCAUCGUUGAGUAGGCCUAUAUCUGCCUUCAGCCUGCAUUCACGCAUAAGCAGUGUCGGUUUUACAAACUAUGUUUGGAAAAUGGUUUUAGCUGCAUGCAAACGAACAGCGCAGACUCACCAUUGAGCGCCCCUCAGCUCCUGCUAGUGCUCAGAAUAACUCCUUACUGGUUCCAGUGUCCUUUUCAAACUCAGCUGAAGACUCACGAAGUCUAACGGAUCAUGAGGAGGAUAAUAUACGUAGUGUUCUGGGACAAGUUCAUCCUUGAAAAAAUAUUUAGAUUUAAGAAUGACAAUAAGUAAAGAUUUGAAAAGGAUUAAAUCUCACUGAAUAUUUUAAAAAGAACUUCUCCAGCACUUCAAUAUUAAAAUAUUACGAUUAAAAAACAUGUUUUAUUUGAUCAAGAUAUGCUUCAAAUAAAGACCUUUUGAGGGAGUGUAUAUUGUCAGUACUCUACUGGUCAUACAUGUUCUAACCUGCUUAAAUUCACCACAGUGUUGCAGAUAGGUUGUUGAGAAUGCAUGAAGUGGUUUGUAUGUGGUGAUUUGUAGGAUUUAUUGAAACAUGAAUUGUUCAAGGAGGCUUGUUAAACUAGUUUGAACAGUCUUAAGUCUGCCGAAAAUGACCCUAACGCUGUUUAGAUGUUAAUUUGAACAUCAAAAUCAUGACGGAUGUUGUUUCAGACCCAAUGUGUUAUUCUGAUUAUCAACUUGGACCACUAGUUUUCUGUUGGUUGCAACUGGGACAUUGUUUUUAAGGGAAAAGUUGGAAGGAAGUGAAAGGAUGCAGGCUACUAUUUUAUUUCAUAUUUUCCUUGUCUUUAUUUUUCCACCUUUAAUUGAUUAUUGGUUUUAAAGAGCUCACUAUUGUCUGUAGCCUGUUCCUUCUGCAGCAUGCGUGGCUUUCAAGAAAAACACAACAAAAAGGCAUGUUUUUGAUCAUCUAUCGUAUUGUUGGACGCAACGUAACUUUAGCAGUUGACCUCAACAAGCUCUCACCUGUUAUUUUUUGUAAUAAAACACUAACAUGGUAAAAUGUUGUGUCCUUGUCCUUAAGCAAAUACAGAAUG